AUGACGUUGCCGAAAAAUCUGCGGAUAGGCGUUGAUGUGGGAGGCACGAAUACGGAUGGAGUAAUCAUCGAUCCGGGGAAACCGGACCAGGAUGAUCGGGGAAUCAUUGCUUGGCACAAGGCUCCUACGACGGCGAAUCCCAGCCAUGGUAUCGCGAAUGCAAUCACCACCAUGUUCAAAUCCGCUUCGGUGGAUCCAGCAGCCGUGGCCAGCGUGACGAUAGGAACUACUCAUUUCGUGAAUGCAGUAGUUACCAGGGAUCAAUCACGUCUGUCUCGUGUCGGCGUGCUUCGUCUGUGCGGCCCAUUCAGCAAGCAUGCUCCUCCAUGUGUCGAUUGGCCUGCUUCCUUACGCACGAUUAUUCUCGGACAUUACGCACUAAUCGACGGGGGCUUGGAGGUGGAUGGCAGCCUUAUUUCCGACAUUAGAGAGCAAGAGAUCGUGGAGCAAUGCCAUGUCUUCAGAGAAAAGGGAAUCAAGAGCAUCGUAGUAAACGGCGUCUUCAGUCCCAUCGAUACUGUCGAGAGACAGGAAGAGCGGGCAGCAGAUAUCAUCAGGCGCGAGCUAGGCAACGAGGUAGAUAUCGUCCUCAGCAAGACGGUAGCCAACCUUGGGUUUCUCGAGCGCGAAAACGCAGCCAUCUUGAACGCCUCGAUCCUAUCUUUUGCCAGGAAGACAAUUGCAUCGUUUCAGGCCCCCAUCAAAAAACUGGGUCUGAAUUGCCCAGUCUUCAUCACACAGAAUGACGGCACCAUCUUGAGCGGUAAAGCAGCGAGUCGACUGCCCAUUCGCACAUUCUCAUCUGGUCCUACAAACAGUAUGCGCGGAGCUGCGUUUCUCAUCGGGAUGCAGGAAAAAGGAGAAGCCAUGAUGGUCGUUGAUGUGGGUGGAACGACAUCCGACGUUGGGCUAUUGCUUCCAAACGGAUUCCCGAGACAGCAAGCCGCCUACUCGGAACUAGCUGGUGUGAGGAUGAACUUCUCGUAUCCCGAUGUGAAGAGCAUGGGACUGGGGGGCGGGAGUCUGGUGAGAAGAGUCCAGGGGCGCAUGCAGGUUGGGCCGGAAUCUGUAGGCUACCAGCUACCCGAGAAAGCACUUGUUUUCGGUGGCAGCGUCGCGACAGCCACAGAUUAUACAGUUGCAGGCUCAUCGGAUCUUAGCAUAGGCGAGCCGGAAAAGGUCCGAGGAAAGCUUGCCGAAGAGGAUGUGCAGGCCUUCAGAAGCGAGACCAAGCGCAUGCUGGAGAGGAUCAUCGACACGAUGAAGACGUCGCCCGAAGACGUUCCUGUUCUCCUGGUCGGCGGUGGCGCAGUCAUAGCCCCGGACGCGCUCAAAGGCGCAAGUCGGGUUGUAAAGCCGAAAUGGUCCGGCGUAGCCAACGCCAUCGGCGCCGCAAUGGCCCGCGUCAGCGCUGUCGUCGACACGGUCAAGUCAACCGAGAAGCAGUCUGAAAAGGAGAGUCUGGCCGAAAUUUGCGACCAAGCCAAGCUAAAAACCAUUGCUGCGGGUGCCUUGCCACACACGACGGUCAUUGUCGAGGCGGAAAGUCUGCCUUUGCAAUACGUCUCGCACAAAACGCGCUUCAUAGUCCGAGCCGCGGGUGACUUUGACUUUUCACGCGCAAGCGACUUUGCAGACUUGAACGUGACCAAAGAGGGAGAAGACUCGGAAGCUGUUUUAGAAGAUGCAGGGGCUGCCAUUGCUGCGCCCUCGAUUAGAGAAGACACAGAGGAGGCGGACGCAGUACCCGAUAUUGACAUCACUGCGUACAGGCCUCACGUGCAGAAUCGCGAGUGGCGGAUAUCAGAAACCGAUCUCACCUGGAUGACCAUCGGCUGCUACAUCCUGGGUACCGGUGGAGGCGGGUCUCCAUACUCGACCAUGCUCCGGGUUCGUGGCAUACUGCAGUCUGGCAACACUAUUCGGGUCGUGAGCCCCGACGAUCUCAAGGACGAUGCUCGGGUGGGCAGUGGAGGCGGCGCUGGCAGUCCUACCGUCGGAAUCGAGAAACUAUGUGCUGAUGAGAUGAUGGAUGCUCAGAACCAGCUCUACCACCUCCACGGAGGCCGGUAUGCAACGCACAUUAUCCCGCUUGAAAUCGGCGGUUCCAAUGGACUGCAAGGCCUCGUUCUAGGCGCGUCAAGCAACAUGAACGUACCCUGUGUCGACGGCGACUGGAUGGGCCGCGCAUACCCCACCAAAUGGCAGACAACGCCCGUAGUGUUUGGCGAGCGCGAGAUAGUCUUCGCGCCCGUCGCUGUAGCCGACGGAAAUGGAAAUACGCUGUACAUGCCUACCGCGAAGAGCGAUCUGAAAGUGGAACAAGUCAUUAGAGCGGCACUGACUCAAAUGGGUAGUGCGGUCGGUACAGCCGACGCUCCAGUGACGGGCGCAGAGACCCGACGAUGGGCCGUUGAGCACACUAUUUCGCUGUCCUGGCGCAUCGGCCGAGAGGUGGCGAGAGCACGCAAGGAGAACAGAAUCGAUGGCGUUGCGGAAUCCAUCAUCGACGCUGUUGGUGGCCCCGAGACAGGCCGUGUGCUGUUCAAAGGCAAGAUCGUGGGCGUAGAGCGCAAGCUGUACAUGGGCCAUGUCUAUGGCGAAGUCGUCAUUGAAGGCAUGACGGCAGAGUACAAAGGCAAGAUCAAGAUUCCCUUCAAGAACGAAAACAUCGCCGUGGUACGCAUACCAGACAGCGGCGAAAGCCAGACUGGAGAGGAAAACAACGAAGACGUGCUUGCCAUUGUCCCCGAUCUCGUCGCGGUGAUAGAUGCGCAGAACGGCGAGGCUAUCGGAACGCCAGAGUACAGAUACGGCUUGCUAGUCUCUGUCAUUGGCAUCACGGCGAGCGAGCGCUGGACCAGUGCAAAGGGAAUCGAGAUUGGAGGGCCGAAAGCGUUUGGGUUGGGCCAUCUCGAGUACAAGCCUCUGGGCAAGUUUGUGAAGCCUAUCAGUGUUAUUGACGAGUAUGAUGGGAAAGCGUAA